AUGGGAUUAAAAGUUACAGCUAUCAUAUUAAUAAUUAUAAGUUUACUCUGCUUUUACACGGAACAUAUCCUGUCUUGCAACGUGACCUCCCUCGAACCGUGUCCAGGAAAUAAUCAUUUCUGUAACCAGACGUCGCUUGAGUGCGAAUGUAUCGAGGGCUACUACAAAGUUGGUGAUGAAUGCCAAAACUCUUACACAUAUUAUAUAUCAAGCCGCGAUUCUACAGCUAUAGUCACUAUGAACUAUGAGGAGACUGAAACUAUCCUCCAUUCUAUCAGGUAG